AUGCUGAGGGACACCAAGCCGGCGAGAGACUCAUCCCUGACCCAUGGCUUGGGAGAUGCCUGUAAGGCUGGCAGGGUCUGCCAGGGACGCCCAAGGGAGAACCUCAGAGGCAGCGAAGGCUUGGCUGUUGCUUCCUGGCAGACAGGCGUCAGGGAGUCUAGUGGAGCCGUGGCCAGGCUCUAUGGUGAAGCGACCCUCCCGUGCAGGAACAGAGCAUCCAAUGCACACUCAGGGACACUUGCAAGCUGCAGAGUUUCCCUGUCACACUCCGUCAGCUCAUACCCAGUGCUGGGACCAGACGUGACCGAGAACGCUGGCGCCUCCAUGCCAGUGUUCACGGCUCUGCCCUUUGCCACACCUGCUCCCGGCCCAGCACACGGGCCGCCCCUCAGGACUGCAGUGGUUCCUCCAGGUGGCCCUCCGGUGCUGUCUGCCUUCCCCAGGACCCCUCUGGUGGCAGGACAGGAUGGCCGAGGCCCAAAUUGGGUUGGGGCUUCCAACAUCCUUGUCCAGAUGAGGACAGAAGUGGGGCCUGUGAAGGCCCCUCAGGCACAGACCUUGGUCCUAACUCAGGUACCCCUCGUCUGGCAGGCUCCAGGUGCCGUCUGUGAGGGCGUGGCAUGUCCACCUCCCCGGCCCCUGGCAGCUGCCCCUGUGGUGCCCGCUAUGGCUGCCCAGGUCGUUGGGGGCACCCAGGCCUGUAAGGGAGGCUGGUCCCAGGGCCUUCCUCCUCCAGCACCACCAGCGGCUCCCCAGCCAGCCCUCAUCAUGGCCCCAAGAAAUGCUUGUCCAUGGCCACAAGGGGCUCAUAGAGAGGGCAACCUGGCUCCCUCCCAGGCCAAGAAUCCCGCACACGACUCCUGCAACCCCAAGACCGUGUAUGAGAACUUCCGACUCUGGCAGCACUACAAGCCCUUGGCUCAGAGGCACCUUCCCCAGAGCCCGGACAUGGAAGCGCUUUCCUGCUUCUUCAUGUGAGUGUCCUCGGAGCAC